AUGUUACAACGUAAAGUAAUGAAAACAACAUGGUGCGAGCUUCGUAAACAAUAUAUACACAGUACAAAGUGUUUGAAAACAAAUUCUGAGAAACACGAUGUUAAAAAAAUACGAAAUAUUGGAAUUUUGGCGCACAUCGAUGCCGGUAAAACGACAACGACCGAACGAAUGUUAUUUUAUUCUGGACUUAUUAAAAAUAUGGGAGAAGUACAUCAUGGGAAUACGGUGACAGAUUAUAUGGAACAAGAACGUGAACGUGGUAUAACAAUAACUUCUGCAGCUGUUACAUUUAAUUGGAAAAACUAUCGUUUUAAUUUGAUCGAUACACCGGGACAUAUCGAUUUUACUAUGGAAGUAGAACAAGCGUUACGAGUUAUGGAUGGUGUGGUUGUUAUAUUAGAUGGAUCGGCUGGUGUGGAAGCACAGACGUUAACAGUUUGUAGACAGGCAGAUAAAUAUGAGAUACCUAAAAUCAUUUAUGUUAAUAAAAUGGAUCGCCCGGAUGCAAAUCUUGAGAACAGUUUAAAAUCUAUAGAAUUAAAAUUAAAUGCCAAUGCAUUACCGAUACAAUAUCCUAUAAAAAAAGGAGAUGUUUUCGAAGGUAUAAUAGACCUUGUAAGUUUAGAAAAAAUAAUAUUUAACAAAAAGAGUCAAGGAUUAGAUUUCAUAAGAACAAAAUUAACACAAAACGAAGACAAAGAUUUAUGGAAUCUAGCAAACGAAAAACGUGAAAUGUUGGUAGAUAAACUAUCAAAUUUGGAUGACAAGUUAGCCGAAAUAAUAAUAGAAGAAGAAUCUCUUGGUAAAAUAACUGAUCAAGCAAUAUGUGAAUCUUUACGAAAAAUCACGUUGUCAAGAAAAGGCGUGCCAGUUCUUAUUGGUAGUUCUUACAAAAACAUCGGUGUGCAACCUUUAAUGGAUAGUAUUAUAUUAUACUUGCCAUUUCCAGAUGAAUAUGGAAAUGAAUACAGUUGUUUCAAAAAUAAUUUAUCUGCACGCGUUUUUAAGAUUGUACAUGAUAAACAAAGAGGACCUAUCACUUUUUUUAGAGUUUAUACCGGUACUAUGAAGAAAGGCGAAAAAAUAUAUAAUGUUCAAAAAGGAAAGGUAGAACAAAGUAAUCGUUUAUAUGUUGCCUGUGCAGAUGACUAUGAAGAAAUUAAUGAAAUUAAUAAUGGUAAUAUUGCAGCUGUUACCGGAUUACAAACUACUGUUACUGGUGAUUUGUUAACUACUAAUGCUUCAGCAAUGAAAAGUGCACAAAAAAAUAUGAAUGCAUAUAAAUCUACUGAAGAAUCAGCUGGAAGAAAAGUAGAUAAUAUCUUUACUUCUGGUACUACAAUACCAGAUCCUGUCUUCUUUUGUUCUAUAGAACCACCUUCUUUAUCGAAGCAAGUACCUCUAGAAAUUGCAUUACAACAACUUGGAAGAGAAGAUCCUAGUCUAAGAAUAAAUCAAGAUGAAGAAACCGGUCAAACAGUGCUAGCUGGAAUGGGAGAAUUGCACAUUGAAAUUAUCAAAGAAAGAAUUAGAACGGAAUAUAAAAUUGAUGCCGAUAUAGGUCCUUUGCAAAUAGCUUACAAAGAAGCUAUAAAAGAAAUGGUUAAAGAUACUUUCUCUAAUGAGUAUAAAAUAGGCAAAACUUUUCAUAGUGUUACUGUAACUUUGUCUUUAAUACCAAACUACACGCAAAACGAAAUUUUACAAUUUGAUCAUACACGAAAUUCUGCUUCUAAUAUUGAUGAUAUACAUCCAAAGAUGAUGGCUGCCAUAAAGAAGGGUAUAAAAUUGGCUCUUAGAAAUGGUCCAAAACUAAAUUCUCCAGUUAUAAAUACUGGGGUUAAGCUGCAUUGGCUAGAGAUACAAAAGGGUACAUCAGACACUAUAGUUUCUGCUGCAGUGACACAAUGUAUUAAACAACUGAUGCGAAAAGGAAAGAGUAUAAUAUUGGAACCGAUUAUGAAUGUAGAAAUUGUUACAAUGAACGAAUAUUCAUCGUCCGUUCUUGCUGAUCUUAGUCAACGAAGAUGUGAAAUACAAAAUGUUGACACGCGUGGAGGAAAUAAGGUUAAUAACAAUGUUUAUAUAUCAUAUUUGUUUCAGAAGAAAUUAAGUAAGGAUAAAGUUAGUAAUUUAAAUAAUACUUAUGCAAUUUUCAUGCAGGUUAUUAUUGCUUUUGUUCCAUUGUCAAAUUUGCUUGGAUAUUCAACGAGUUUAAGAAGUAUUACGUCUGGAAAUUCAACAUUUACAGUAGAAUUCAGUCAUUACAAAGCUAUGGAGACAAUUUUUGAAGAAGAAACUAUUAAAAGGAUAACUGGAUUUUAA